UAUCGAACAUGCAACAGUGUAAAGCUGAAGACGUGCCAGAAAUUUCUUAGUUUGUUAAUUAAAUAUAAGUUUAAUCAAUAAGUUAAGAUGUUUGAAAAGAAAAAACAAGCUGAGCAUAAGCCCAGAGAUGAUGGAGUUGAACUAGAGAACCAGUUCAUAAUGCGCUUCCCCAAGCACCUGGCACCUGCGGUCCAUGAGUCCAUACAGGCAGGCAAUGUGAAGGAUCGGUUAUCUAUACAACUAGAUCAGGAUUUGCGCUAUGGCGAAGUGCGCUUUGAUGACCAAUUGCUCUAUGCUAAAAUCGUCGACUUGCCCACAGUUAUGGAGAGUUAUAAAACAAUUGACAACAAAAGUUUUUAUAAAUCUGCGGACAUUUGCCAAUUGCUUAUUUGCAAGGAGGAGCCAGAGGACGAGACGGAAAAGGAGUCGCCCAACAAAAACAAGAAAAAGGAUCCCAACAAGGUGGACAAAAAGUACUUAUGGCCUCAUGGUAUAACUCCGCCCUGUAAGAAUGUGCGCAAACGGCGAUUUCGCAAGACGUUGAAAAAAAAGAAUGUGGAGACGCCGGAAAUCGAGAAAGAAGUGAAGCAUCUAUUGCGCAUCGACAACGAGGCUGUGCGUGUUGAUUACGAGAUCAUCAAUGAGGAGGACAAACCGAGCGAUGACCUGGAUCAGUCUGAUAUCAAGCCGUACAACGAGGCCGAUGAGGAUCUGCAGGAUGAGACGCUAAAUGCCGGCGAUAAAACCAUCAAUGAGAGCGCUUCGCAACGCGAAAUCAAUGUGGAAUCAGAUGAUGAUGAGACUAGCAAUUUCGAGACGCAUCGCGCUCCCAAUAUGGGCGUCGCUGCACACGAUAUAUUCGGCGAAGAAGUAUCCACAACAGAUGACGAGGACGAGCCCAGAUUGCCGGGCAAUGAUUCGCGUCUAGAAGAAUCUUCGCGGCUGUCGGCUGACGAUUCACGUAUGUCCGAUUUCUUUGGCGGCGCAAGUGGCAGUGGCGUGGGUGUGCGUGAGAAGAUGGAGCACAACGAGUUCAGCAAGUCGAUGUUUGGAAGAGAGCCGAGCAGCCCGAAGCUAAGUGCCGCAGGUUCCAGUUCGAAUUUGGCAGCGCCAAGCGGCUUCUAUGACAAUCAGCAGAUGAGCAAACGUGAGGAGUUCGAGAAUCUGGAGUUUAUGGAUGAUCCCCAACCUCAAUAUACACAGCAACAAGUCCACGACAAGAUCAAUCAACUGACUCGACAAAUCAACGAUCUGAGAGCACAACAAUCCCAAAAGUCUACGGAAAUUGCUUCCAUUCAAAAUGCAACGCUAAAGCAGCGAAUGCAGGAGACCCUUGAUAAUCUCUAUACGCAGGUCAGAGAGCGAGAACUCGAGCUGAGGGACUUUGAGAACAUGUUGGAGCAAUAGAUCUGAUAAUUAAGCCAAAAGUGAAUUAAAAUAAGCAUAUUCUUUAUGUAUAUAUUACCUAAAAUUAAGCACAAAAUAGAUAAAUAAACUUAGAUGUUAUGUAAUGCGAAA